AUGGGGUACAAGCAAUUCGUAGCUGACUUGAGGGCAGCCCAGGACGCCGACAUCGACGAUGGGGUCACCGAAAUUCGGCCUGGCGAGUCUGAAGGAGGUGUUUCAUUCAAUUACGCACAUCAGAAGCUCACGUCUCCUUUGGAGAUCCAAGUCUUGGAUCAGAACAUCGACGAGUAUCCAGAAGGGUCCUCGUUCAUCCUCUUCACUGCCUCUGACUGUGCUGGGGACAGCGUCGUCUCAUUUCUCAGCCGCUUGACACCCAAGCUCACUGGCAAGCCCGUGCAGAAGGUGAUAGCGACCAUCGCGCAUGAUCUCACUACUUUUAUUGAGAAUCCAAAUGACUCACAAGAACACUUUGAUGAAGGUGCAGUGGUGGACCACGACUCACAGUCCGACACGUGGGACGAAGAUGAUGACGAGGACUACGAGGACCAAGAUGACGCCGCCUUCGGGCUAUCAGCAGGAUUGCCGCCAACUCGCGAGGAGCCGCAGAUUAUCAUCCCCCUCUGGCCGGACAAAACUGAGAGGCAACGGCAUGAUUUAGCAUUAACCAUCGACGCUGGGAUUUCUGUCGCCGUCCUGGGCGAUCGAUCCGGUCAACUGGGUGAGAUAAUCGCCAUGUCGAUUAACAUCUCUCGCCUGGGCCUGACUGAUGACAUACAUUCCGUCUGGGGUCUACAAAGCUCCGAUCAUGUCAUGCUCUUACUCCAGUUUCCCGCCGGCUACCCUUCACUCACCGAAUUCUUGACCCUCCAAUCCCACCAGGCGGUCUAUCGUGCACGACUCGGGAAAUGUGGUUCAAUCAAACCAUCCCUUUCCUCGGCGCGAUCUGCUCUGUCGGGCAGCAAAUAUCGCCAUGAGACCGAGACAGGUGAGACGCAUGAGGUGCUGGGGGGUGUCGAGAGCGAUAGGUUCACGCCCUUGCACCUCUUCAACUCCAUCACCACUCUGUUGAACCAAGAGUUCCCGGCCCUGUUGCGCACAAGAAGAGAACAUGGUCUUUCCUGGGACGGCGCACAAGAACUUCUACUUCGCCGUGCCGAAGGCGCCCACGUUCGGGAUGCCAACUAUCCUGGGUCUGACGCUCAGUACAUCGCUGAUGCUGUCGAGAAGAACGAAAAGCAGCAGCAAACGCCGAAUCUUCCACACAUUUUAUGUCAGGAUCACGCUCUAGAGGACGAGGCGGCCUUCAGUAUCCCCCUCUCCAUGAUGCUAUUCUCCCUUCGCCGCCUCAUACAGAGCGGCAAGUAUUGCGCCAGCUGCCACCAGCGAGUAACGGACGGAUUUGAAGGCAUGAAGCCGUAUGUCUGCUCCCGGCCUCUCUGCAUGGAUCAGUAUUUCUCCUCGGGUAUGGGGCCCGGGAUUGAGCAUGAUAUCAUCAAUUCCCCGGUCGUAGUGGACCUUCUCAGCAGCUUUUUCUAUUCAGCCGUCAGCACCUUGAGGAUUCGUGAGGUCCCCAAGGGUUUGGGACCACUCACGCUGUAUCCUGAAGAUCUGGGCGACUAUAAGGAUUGUCUCCACGCGGAAGCGUACUUUGUCGACAAAAGAGUUCAAAUGAAAACCGGUGGUACCCAACUGAAGGUUGGUGAACGGGUCUUUUUGAUGGACGCAUCAUCCGAAUCUGUCCCUUCUGCUACCAUUCUAUCCUACCCCCUAUCAAGAUGUCUCUGCCGCAUCACCGCUCUUGACCGUGAGGGGUUCAAUUUUGAGAUAUGCACUUUCUGGAAGAAUUCGAGUGCUAUGCCAGAAAAUCCUAAAAGCCAUCAGUCGCUUUCCUUUUCAACCAGAUCUCUGCAUGAUACUGAAAGUGGAAGAAACAGGGAUACUAACGUACUGGUCCUUCGUUAUCAGCAUUUGAUAGACGACCUUGAGCCUCCCCGGUGUUACUCAUCACUCACCGUUAUGGCCUGCGGCAUGCCUCCAGUCUCCGAGAUGCGCGAGUUUCUUCUCGCGAAACCAGGACGACGCCUUUCCUCAUGGGAGAAGCUAGACCACCAGACGUACAAACUGCUCCAUUGGGUCAUCGUGUCAAACCAGUCGCUGAUCAUACAAGACGACCCUGGACCAGGACAAUCGGCUGACGAGACAUCCCACUCAACGCGCUUGAUCGGAAUGCCAGAAAACUGGAUGCAGUUCCGCUUCCUUCAGGGCUCGCCGGAAAAGGAGCUCACGUUCCAGCAAGAAAUGAAGUCGUCGUUCAAGGAGCAGCUGGAGCGCCGUGAGCGGCCGUUUCCCACCCUCUUUGCGUGGCAUGGCAGCCACGUUGGCAACUGGCACAGCAUCAUCCGAACGACCCUCGACCAUAUCAAAAUCGAACAUGGGCGGGCGUUUGGUAACGGUGUAUACCUCAGCAACAACCUUAGCACCAGCGCUUCAUAUUCUGGUCUCAACGCUACCAUGGCCACUUCGCCAGAUCUAGUCGAUCCACUACCGUAUUUUACCUGGCCACAUUCCGUGCUCCAGGUAGGUGCAGCGGUGGGAUGCUGCGAAAUCAUCAACCGGACCGACGAAUUCGUCACUGCUGAGCCCUACUAUGUCGUCAAAAAUAUCGACUGGAUCCAGUGCCGCUAUCUCUUUGUGCAUAUCAAUGUGCACACCCUGGCCGAGUCCGGCUUACCUUUCCUGCAGCAGACGUCUCGACGCGACCUCGGGAAGCUCAGACAGGAACCUGCCCGGCGGCUUUUGGGACCCUUAUCGACACCCAUAGACAUUCCACGUUCAGCAGUUCCGAUAGAAAGAUUUAGGAUGUUUCCAUAUCUCGCGCCUAGAACCAUCUUUGAUGGGGAGAACAAGAGUGAAGAGGGGACUGAGGGCGCUGUCACGGUUGGAAGCCAUGGUUCCAAAGGCGUGGACGCUGAUGGGAUUUUAGGCUAA